CUCAUCAUUGAGUUAUCCCGCUUUAAUAGUUUUUUUUUUUUUAGCCAAUCAUAUCCAGAUUUAAGGUACACACCUCCGAACUAAACAUUAUUAAAGCAGUAUGUUGACAUUGGAGUCCAAAAUGAUAUGGUAGCAUACUGUUGACAAAGUAGCCUUCAGUUUAGACACAGGCCGAUUUUGUAGAGAUCUAAGGGGUCCUUUCCAUCUCGCUGUUUAGUGUUUACGGUUACCAGAACACAAAGAAAUCAAUCAUUGCCAUCAAUAUUUCUUGCAUCGGUCCGUCAUCGUUACCUAGUUUCGCUUGUCGUACAGCCUAAUGAAUAAAUUCCUCCAUCACUUUAAAGGAUUCAACAGGAGUCUAACAUUGACGGGGACAAAAACCGAAAGAUUAUUCCACUCAGCCUCAUCAACAUGGAGGAAGGGUUUAGCAUCUCGUUUGUGCAGUCGAAUUUCCUCGCAUCCAGCGCAAGUCCACACACAGCAUACUCGCGUCAUAAGCAGUAUUGUGCACGAAGUCUUACACUUAGAACAUACUGACACUGAUUGGAAUGCAGACCAAUUUGAAGAGCGUCUGUUUGAAAUACUUUGUGAUCAAAAUGGAAGAGUCUCUGUUCCCAAAUUUAAAUCUAUGCUGGCUUUCUCAGGAUUGAGAGAAACAGAUCCCAGACUGAAAGAAUGCAUGACAAACUUUGAAAAUGUUCUUUCUCACCAUGACAAUGAAAACAAGAUGAUGGAUUACUAUGGAGGGCCAUCCCUGGAUAAAAAAACAUUCAAAGAAUGUAUACAGGACAAUAUCAUUCUCAUCAGCAAGACCAUGAAAAAUGACUUCAUCAUUCCAGAAUGGCAGUGCUUCAAAAAAGAAAUCGACAAAAUUUACAGAAACUGUCGAAACAACACUGCAGGAGAGGUGGCCUCAUACAUCCCACAACUGGCAAGGUACAGUCCAGACUUUUGGGGAGUGUCAGUUUGCACAGUUGAUGGCCAGAGGUAUUCCAAUGGAGACACAAGUGUCCCCUUCUCUGUCCAGUCCUGUAGCAAACCUUUAACUUACUGCAUGGUGCAAAGUAAUGAUGACAACAUUGAACGGGUCCACAAAUAUGUAGGUCAUGAACCAAGUGGAAGGAGCUUCAAUGAAAUCUCCCUCGAUUAUCAAAAUAAGCCACACAAUCCCAUGAUUAAUUCAGGAGCCAUCAUCGUCAGUUCCCUUCUGAAACCAGAGUUAUCUCUCCCUGAUCGAUUUGAUUGGACAACAAAAAUGAUGACCAAAAUGACUGGAGGAGAGUAUCUGUCCUUUAACAAUGCUGUAUUUUUAUCAGAACGUGAAACUGCAGACAGAAACUUUGCCCUAGCAUACUACAUGAGAGAAAAUAAGUGCUUUCCUGAAGGGACUAAACUACAUGAAGUAUUGGAUUUCUACUUCCAACUGUGCUCCAUAGAAGCAACCUGUGAAUCGGCCUCUGUGAUUGCUGCUACUCUUGCCAAUGGUGGGAUCUGUCCAAUAACUGGAGAAAAGGUCUUCAACUCCGCUGCUGUCAGAAACACUCUGUCACUGAUGCACUCGUGCGGCAUGUAUGAUUAUUCUGGGGAGUUUGCCUUCAGGGUUGGACUUCCUGCCAAAUCAGGUGUGUCUGGGACGGUAUUGCUAGUGGUGCCCAAUGUUAUGGGGAUCUGUUUAUGGUCACCACCUCUGGAUAAAUGGGGCAACAGCUGCAGAGGCAUCCAGUUUUGUCAGGAACUUGUGAAUGUGUACAACUUCCAUAACUACGACAACCUUAAGCACACUGAGAGGAAGCUGGACCCUACCCGUCGUAGAAUGGACACGAUGUCACAGGACGUCGUCAGUAUCUUGUUCGGAGCUUUCAACGGAGAUGUUUCGGCAUUAAGAAGAUACAACCUGCUGGGGUUAGACAUGAACAUCGCGGAUUAUGAUGGAAGAACAGCUUUACACGUAGCAUCAGCAGAGGGUCAGGAAGCAGCUGUCCGAUUCCUGCUGGAGAAAUGUGGAGUCAAUGUUGCUGUCAAAGACAGAUGGGGUUUCACACCACUGGAUGAGGCAGAAAGAUUUGAACAUCCGGAUAUUGCUAAAUUGCUCACCAGCUUCAUGGCCAGAAGAGAACAUCCAGAGUUGGAUUGAUCUGGAUCAUCGGGAGGUGAAGAAGGUCUAGCAAACUCACAUGGGAAAAUGAUGCAGAUGUAUUCAUUGGAAGAUUUUUAAAAUUCAGAUCUGUUGGACAGCUACAGACUCCGGACUUAUGGGUGCCCAAUAUAAGAAAUAUUCCAAGUUUUCUUGAAUUAUCUGAAAAUUAAGAUUUCUUCAACAUUUGUUAAUAUUCAAGUUAGUGAGUAUUGGAAAAUCCACCACCAAAUAUUGGUAUUACAGGCAACAUUUAUGUUACAGAUUUUACAAAUCUUUAAUGUAAAGAGGCUGUAGCUCUAACAGCAGAUCUGUCCUAACAAAUGUGACAGAUGACGAGAAAGCUCCCUCUGGGCGUCCAUCACAAACUAUCUUGACCAUCUAAGCAGCAAACUGAAGUUGUGCAUCAAAUCUAACAAGUUUUCAUGUGAACUGAAUCCCUGAUCUAUCGGAAUUAAUUAUCAUCUGUUUCACUUUGUGGUGAGUUUACAAAUUUAAGUGGGUUAAGAUUAACUUUUGUUUUCUUUUUUUUUUUUUUUUUUUUUUUUAGAAAGAUCUUUUUAUCAGCAAACUUUGUUUUGGAAGCUGUUUUAAUCCUGCUCAUUGCUGCAGUAUCCGUGAUACUUGUCCAGUGCUUCACGGGGAUUUCUCCUGUUUAUUGAAUCUCAGUGUUUCCAAAGGGCUUUCAAGGAAGGAAAAAACGGUGAAUGAAUACUCGGACAGGCUCAUACAUAGUUCUGUUUUUAAAUUUUAUGUACAUUCAACAGGUUUUUAGUUUUAUGUGAUGAGCGGAGAUUAGAAAUAUUACUUUUCAUAAAUCAUGUGAGUUUAUGUAAAGGUUUGAAAUACAUUUUACAAUGUACCUGUACACCCUGUGUUAAUGAAUUUUGAGCAUAUUAUUAAUGUCUUCCUAGAGAUGUAAUAUUUAUUUUGAUUAUUGGAAAUUUACAUUAAUCUGUAGGAUUGUGACUUAUCAGACAAAGUUACAAAAAUUUGGGAAUAUGACAAAAUGAUUUCAUCAUAAAAUGGAUCUCUUUAUAUUUGUGUUCUGUUAGUAAUAUUUCUGCUGUCACAAGGCAGACCUUUAGAAUUAAACAAUUUUUUUAAGUAAAAGCAAUACUGCUCCCAUUUAUUGUCACAAAGUGCAUUUGUAUUUGUUCAGUAUUGUUGUUUACACUUGUAUUUAUGAGAAUUAUUGCAGUCCUAACAUUAAUUUCUAUUUUCUGUGAGCAUGACAGAUUAUUGUACACAUUGUAGAAAUACCUAAAUCUCUCCAGCCUUGUAGAAUUGACUUUUCAGAAUCUCACACAAUUCUCAUAUGAACUGAUGUUGUUGGGGUUUUUUUUUAACUAUUAUUUAGAACUUUACGUUGUACACACUUUUACACUCUUGUAUCGUUUUGCUCACCAGUUAUUUACGUCACGCUGUUUUAUAACAUAGAGAUUUUGAGUUUUUAAAAAUUAAUAAAGUUUUUAUGUUGACAAUAAAAUCUUUGUAUUGCUUAAAAAAAUUUCUUCAAGCCAAAUAUUUUCCUUGUAACUAUCAAUGUAUAGUAUUUUGUUGCUGAUCAUUUUGUGCUGUAAGAG